GGGGGCAGAAGGGGUUGGGGUGCUGAGCACAGGCGCACCCACUGCAGUCCCACUUGGAGGGGUCACCAGGAGAACUGCAAUGGGCAAUGCACCCGUUUGCCAUGCAUGUCACUCAGACAAGGGCAUGAGGACACCAGGGAACAUGCAGGACUUGGAUAGAAUCCCUGACUAUUAUGGAUGCAACUGCGAAGAAAGUAAAGAACCUGAAGCCCGCUCUGACAGCAACGCAAGCUUUCUUCGAGCUGCCAGAGCUGGCAAUCUGGACAAAGUAGUGGAAUACCUGAAAAGUGGAAUAGACAUUAACACAUGUAAUCAGAAUGGGCUCAAUGCUCUGCACCUGGCGGCUAAAGAAGGCCACGUGGGACUGGUACAAGAAUUACUGGAAAGAGGGUCGGCUGUGGAUUCUGCCACUAAGAAAGGGAAUACCGCCCUGCACAUUGCAUCCUUAGCAGGACAAGCUGAAGUUGUCAAAGUUUUGGUUAAGGAAGGAGCCAAUAUUAAUGCACAGUCUCAGAAUGGUUUCACUCCAUUGUACAUGGCAGCUCAAGAGAACCACAUUGAAGUGGUGAAAUAUCUCCUGGAGAAUGGAGCCAACCAAAGCACAGCUACUGAGGAUGGUUUUACUCCCUUAGCUGUUGCUCUGCAACAAGGACACAAUCAAGCAGUGGCUAUCCUGCUGGAAAAUGACACCAAGGGGAAAGUGAGAUUACCAGCUUUGCACAUUGCUGCCAGAAAAGAUGACACCAAAUCAGCAGCGCUCCUACUGCAGAACGACCACAAUGCCGAUGUGCAGUCCAAGAUGAUGGUGAAUAGGACGACUGAGAGUGGCUUUACACCUUUGCACAUAGCUGCGCAUUAUGGAAACGUCAAUGUGGCAACGCUUCUGCUAAACCGAGGAGCUGCAGUUGAUUUCACAGCAAGGAAUGGAAUCACCCCACUGCAUGUCGCUUCCAAAAGGGGAAACACAAACAUGGUGAAGCUCUUGUUGGAUCGUGGAGGGCAGAUCGAUGCCAAAACCAGGGAUGGACUCACACCGCUCCACUGUGCUGCAAGAAGUGGACAUGACCAAGUUGUGGAGCUGCUUCUGGAACGAGGUGCCCCACUCCUUGCAAGGACCAAGAAUGGGCUCUCCCCACUUCACAUGGCGGCCCAGGGGGACCACGUGGAAUGCGUCAAACAUCUCCUGCAGCACAAAGCUCCUGUGGAUGAUGUCACGCUGGAUUACCUGACUGCCCUCCACGUAGCUGCACACUGUGGCCACUAUCGUGUCACCAAGCUCCUCCUGGACAAGAGAGCAAAUCCCAAUGCUCGUGCCCUGAAUGGUUUUACUCCACUGCACAUUGCCUGCAAGAAAAAUCGCAUCAAAGUCAUGGAACUCCUGGUGAAAUAUGGGGCUUCAAUCCAGGCUAUAACGGAGUCGGGCCUCACACCAAUACAUGUGGCUGCAUUUAUGGGCCACUUGAACAUAGUCCUCCUUCUGCUGCAGAACGGAGCCUCUCCCGAUGUCACUAACAUUCGUGGAGAAACUGCACUGCACAUGGCAGCACGUGCCGGGCAGGUGGAAGUAGUUCGUUGUCUUCUGAGAAAUGGGGCCCUAGUUGACGCUCGAGCCAGGGAAGAACAGACUCCACUGCACAUUGCCUCUCGCUUGGGUAAAACAGAGAUUGUCCAGCUUCUGCUACAGCACAUGGCCCAUCCUGAUGCUGCAACAACUAAUGGAUACACUCCACUGCACAUCUCUGCCAGAGAGGGACAAGUUGAUGUUGCAUCAGUUCUCCUAGAGGCAGGUGCCUCACACUCCAUGUCCACCAAAAAGGGAUUCACGCCUUUGCAUGUGGCAGCCAAAUAUGGGAGCCUAGAAGUGGCAAAGCUCCUCCUGCAGCGUCGUGCCUCUCCUGAUUCAGCCGGCAAGAACGGCCUCACGCCCCUGCACGUGGCGGCCCAUUACGACAACCAGAAGGUGGCGCUGCUGUUGCUGGAGAAGGGCGCCUCGCCCCACGUGACCGCCAAGAAUGGAUACACCCCUCUACACAUUGCUGCCAAGAAAAAUCAGAUGCAGAUAGCUACCACGCUGUUGAACUAUGGGGCUGAGACCAACAUUUUGACCAAACAGGGAGUGACGCCACUUCAUUUAGCCUCCCAAGAAGGUCACACAGACAUGGUGACAUUGCUUUUGGAGAAAGGAUCCAAUAUCCAUGUGGCAACAAAGACUGGACUGACAUCCUUACACCUUGCAGCUCAAGAGGAUAAAGUGAAUGUAGCUGAAAUACUCACAAAACAUGGUGCAAACCAAGAUGCUCAGACAAAGCUUGGUUAUACUCCUUUAAUUGUGGCAUGUCACUAUGGAAACAUCAAAAUGGUGAAUUUUCUUCUCAAGGAGGGAGCAAAUGUCAAUGCUAAAACAAAGAAUGGGUACACUCCUCUCCACCAAGCUGCUCAACAAGGUCACACUCACAUCAUUAAUGUCCUUCUCCAACACGGAGCUAAGCCCAAUGCAAUCACCACCAAUGGUAACACUGCCUUAGCUAUUGCUAGGCGUCUGGGAUAUAUCUCAGUGGUCGAUACGCUGAAGGUUGUUACGGAGGAGAUUACUACCACCACAACUACUGUAACAGAGAAGCACAAGCUAAAUGUACCCGAAACAAUGACUGAGGUCCUGGAUGUUUCAGAUGAAGAAGCCUUUAAACACUCUGAUGAUGAACGCUUCAGUGAUGGUAAUGUAUAUAAUGGCACAGGUGUCAUUAGCAGAAAUUCAUGGAGUGAUGAUACAAUGACAGGAGAUGGAGGAGAGUACCUUAGGCCAGAAGAUCUCAAAGAACUAGGAGAUGACUCUUUACCAAGCAGCCAGUUCUUAGAUGGUAUGAACUACCUGAGGUACAGCUUGGAAGGAGGGCGGUCUGACAGCACCAUGCCCAGCCUGCGAUCCUUCAGUUCAGACAGGUCUCACACACUGAGCCAUGCCUCCUAUCUGAGGGACAGUGCCAUGAUUGACGACACUGUUGUAAUCCCUAGCCAGCAGGUAACUACUCUGGCCAAAGAAGCAGAAAGGAAUUCAUAUCGCUUAAGCUGGGGGCCUGAAAACUUGGAUAAUGUGGCUCUUUCUUCCAGCCCCAUUCAUUCAGGCUGUCUGUCUGCAAAAAAGGAGACUGGAUCCUUACUAACAAGAUGCUCUUCUCCAUGUCUUGAUCAUGACAACAGCAGCUUCCUAGUUAGUUUCAUGGUGGAUGCUCGUGGGGGUGCCAUGAGGGGCUGCAGACAUAACGGACUGAGAAUUAUUAUUCCUCCGCGGAAAUGCACUGCUCCAACACGAGUGACCUGCCGCUUGGUGAAACGUCACAGACUGGCCACCAUGCCUCCCAUGGUGGAAGGGGAAGGCCUGGCCAGCCGUCUCAUCGAAGUGGGACCAUCUGGGGCCCAGUUUCUUGGGCCUGUGAUUGUGGAGAUUCCCCAUUUUGCUGCUCUGCGUGGGAAAGAGAGAGAACUGGUGAUCCUGCGCAGUGAGAACGGGGACAGCUGGAAGGAACAUUUUUGUGAAUACACUGAGGAUGAACUAAAUGAAAUCUUGAAUGGGAUGGAUGAAGUACUUGACACACCAGAAGAGCUUGAGAAGAAACGUAUCUGCCGCAUCAUCACUCGUGAUUUCCCUCAGUACUUUGCAGUGGUGUCUCGAAUCAAACAGGACAGCAACCUUAUUGGACCUGAGGGGGGUGUGCUGAGCAGCACUGUUGUACCACAAGUGCAGGCAGUCUUCCCAGAAGGGGCUUUAACCAAACGAAUUCGUGUUGGCCUCCAGGCUCAACCUAUGCAUACUGAACUUAUAAAGAAGAUUUUGGGCAACAAGGCUACCUUCAGUCCUAUAGUCACACUGGAGCCCAGGAGGAGGAAGUUCCAUAAACCCAUCACGAUGACAAUUCCUGUCCCCAAGGCCUCCAGUGAUGGGAUCAUGAAUGGUUAUGGAGGUGACACACCCACUCUAAGGUUACUAUGCAGCAUAACAGGAGGAACCACCCCUGCCCAAUGGGAAGACAUCACUGGAACAACACCACUGACAUUUGUUAAUGAAUGUGUUUCCUUCACAACAAAUGUGUCUGCCAGAUUUUGGUUAAUUGACUGCCGACAGACACAAGAGUCUGUUACUUUUGCUUCUCAAGUGUAUAGAGAGAUUAUCUGCGUCCCCUACAUGGCCAAAUUUGUGGUGUUUGCCAAAUCACAUGAUCCCAUUGAAGCACGGUUAAGAUGUUUUUGCAUGACAGACGACAAGGUGGAUAAAACUCUAGAACAGCAAGAAAAUUUUGCUGAAGUUGCCAGAAGCAGGGAUGUCGAGGUAUUAGAAGGAAAACCCAUCUAUGUUGACUGUUUUGGCAAUUUGGUGCCACUAACUAAGAGUGGACAGCAUCACAUAUUCAGUUUUUUUGCCUUCAAAGAAAACAGACUUCCUCUAUUUGUUAAGGUGCGAGAUACCACUCAAGAACCCUGCGGACGAUUAUCAUUCAUGAAGGAGCCAAAAUCAACAAGAGGUCUUGUUCAUCAAGCCAUAUGUAAUUUAAACAUCACGUUACCUGUUUACACAAAGGAAUCAGAAUCAGACCAAGAACAAGAAGAAGAGGUUGAUAUGACUUCAGAAAAAAAUCAACAGGAUGAUCGGGAACGGACCGAGGAAAGACUGGCCCACAUUGCGGAUCACCUUGGAUUCAGUUGGACAGAGUUAGCAAGAGAACUGGAUUUCACAGAAGAGCAAAUUCACCAAAUCAGGAUUGAAAAUCCUAAUUCACUUCAAGACCAGAGCCAUGCACUCCUCAAAUAUUGGCUUGAAAGGGAUGGGAAACACGCAACAGAUACAAGCCUUACUCAAUGUCUUACUAAAAUCAACCGAAUGGAUAUUGUUCACCUAAUGGAGACCAGUGGCAUUGACUCUAUGCAGGUCCACGGCACUCGCACGUAUGCAGAAAUGGAACAAACGAUAGGAUUGGACCACAGUGAAGGGUUUUCCGUACUGCAAGAAGAACUGUACAGUUCAAGACAUAAGCCGGAAGAACGCCACAGAACGUCUAAAGACAGUGACCCAAUGGAACACCCUCCCAUUGUUUCUGAGGAAGAUGUAUCUGUCAGUUAUUCUCCUUUUCAGGACAGUACUCCUAGGAGUGAGGCAGAGCUAACAAUGGCUGAGCUCCUAAGGCAAACACACAAAGAACAAGUGGAAGCUGAAUUCUCAGGGAAACCCCACAGUGUGGUAGAAACAACAUCUUCACAACAUGAAUAUUCUGUCACAACUCCAGGAACAGAACAGACAGCAGCAAGUGAUACAUCUGCACACUUCAGUGCAACAAAGGAAGGGAGAGAAAAAACAUCCCCACAACCCUCAUCAUCUGCUCAGAGAGGUGGUUCUCCCAUCAUCCAAGAGCCUGAAGAGUUCCAUCUCCAUCAGGAUGACCUCCCUCCAAGGAGAACUAGUCUAGUGAUAGUGGAGUCAAUUGAUGAACAACCAGAAAAGCUUGGAAGUGGCUAUGAGGAGGAAUCUUUAGAAAAGGAGUUAGCAGAGGAGUUAGGUGAGCUGGAAACCAGCUCAGAUGAGGACGAGAUGGUAACUACCAGAGUCGUUCGUCGCCGGGUGAUUAUUCAGGCCGAUAGUAUGCCUGAAAUGCCACCAGAAACAGUCACAGAAGAACAAUACACAGAUGAACAUGGCCACACAGUGGUAAAGAAGGUAACUAGAAAGAUCAUCCGGCGAUAUGUUUCUCCAGAUGGCACUGAAAAAGAAGACAUCAUUAUGCAAGGAACACCUCAAAAACCUGUCACGGUUGAAGAAGGAGAUGGCUUUUCCAAAGUUGUAAAACGAGUUGUGCUGAAGAGCGACAGUGAGCAGUCAGAGGUGACUUUGUCUGAACCUGGUGUUUUGCCCAGUGCCUCCAAUUUCCAGUCUGAGCCAGUGGAAGGCCGCAAGGUCAGCAAAGUCAUAAAGACUACUGUAGUGCAAGGAGAGAGAAUGGAGAAACACCUGGGGGAUGCGAGCUUAGCUACUGAUCUUCCGUCAGCCAAAGAGGACUUUGAAGAGGCUUUGAGCUAUACAGGCAACCAAAUUAAAAUCCAACUCCCUGCGUUAGUAGAAAAGGAGAUCAUGAAAGAGGAUGGAUCAAUUAUUAAAAGGACAACACUAAGUAAAGCCAGCACACAGAAGAGGACUGUGAUGAAGGAUCGGUAUGGAAAACAUGUUCACAUAGAAGAGCUGGAUGACACACCAGAAGCACUACCACAGGAUGACCUCCAGCAUGACCUUCAGCAGCUUCUUAGACACUUCUGCAAAGAGGAUUGGAAACAAGAUGCAAAAUAAGAAGCUGUCACCCCUCAACAACAACAUGUCCAUCCAGUACACAGCAUUCAUCUUUUCUAGGUGUACACAUUAUGACCUACGUAAUCACUGGAAGACACUGCCAUUUCUACUUGUGCAGAUGCAGUGAAUUCAUUUUCUCCCCUGUAUUUGAUUUUGGGUUUUUGUUAUUUUUUACCCUGUAAGCUAAUUUGUGACCAAAGAUAGCAUCCUUCAUUUGGGAUGAUUUAUCCACCGAAUUGUCGUCUUUGUGCUGUACUGGGACCUUGUCAGCAUCGCCACUUGUUGCCGGUCCUUUGCUUCUGCACUAGCUUCACAAAACUGCAUUUGUCAAGCCAACUUCAUCUACAGGCCUCUUCAAGUGACUAUGUACAGGCACCAUGAAAAAAGGGAGUUAAUAUGUAAACUGUAUAUAGCAAGAGUAUUUGGACUUACUUAUGAGACUGCAGAAAACACACUGCCUACGAAUACUAUUAGUGUCGUGGAUUACAAGGUUUGUUGACACUGGUGAACAAUGGAAAAAGUAACAUUAACAUGAUCAACUGCGAACACUGACUGAGGAGGAAGCACUGCAGAUCUACUGCAUCCAUAAGACUUCCAGUUUAGGGAUCUAUUAUUAUAGUUAAAGGCUCUAAGAGUCAGGCUAAAAACCUGGAAAUUCAGCUGUUCUCAUGAAGUAAGAGCUGAUGGUGGCCAUCGAUACUUUUAAGACCUUUGGACAGCCACUUCAAGAUUUCCAGAAAAGAAAAAAAAUAAUUAAAAAUAUCCAAUUAGGUAACCAACUUGCUAGCAGCUAUAUCUAUGGCACAUUUGCAUACGGUAUUAAAAUCUUUUAGAUCUGGACAUGUGGCAGGGUGUAUUAAACAAUUAUAACUACAGUAGUUUCCUGUUUUCAUCACUGCUUUAGCAAACCACAUUGUCCUACUGGCCACUGCACUGUAGAUAACUAUGGGAGAAAGACUUACACUAUAUGAAAAGAAUAAUUAAUUCACCGUGUUUUAAUCAAGACUGCCUCUUAUCAGAUACAUGCAUGUGGCAUUUGAAGGUCAAAACCAAACCUCCUGUAAUUGUGUCAACCUACUCUAGCCCUCCAAGCACUGAGCGAGCAGUUUUUAUCUUUCAAAUGUUUUUUUAAAGAGAAAGUGCUCACUAUCCUCGAAAGCCAGUUUCUGUUCAUAUUUUGUUACCUAUCUAUAUAUAAUAUAUAUUUCUAAAUCUACCCUCUGAAAAAAUCACGAUAGCAUGUAUGCACUUUUACUUUAAAAAAGGGAACAAAGACCUGCCAUAUUUGGUAUUCUAUACCUUAACAUUUAAAGGUGAGCACUCUGCAGCAUUUUAGAAUAUAUUACACCUGCAAACACACUAAAGGUUUUUGAACAGCUGUUUGAUUUUUUUUUAAUAGCAUACUCAAGAACAGAUUAAAAACAAAUACUCUCCUUUAAGAUUAAUGCUUUUUCCAAGCUUACCUGGCCUUCUAUGAUUAUGGUUUGGGUUUGUGACUCACUCAGUGCUCAGAAUAAGGAAGGGCACUUCUCAUUAAAGUACUGAUGCCAAAAGCAUGAGCACAUCUUGGGAGCUGAGGCUUCCUGCAGACAAAGCAACCUGAGGUGCCAUGCUAACACUUUUUUUGGCAGGCAGGCAGAAAAAAAAAAAAAAAAAAGUGUUUUGGCAGCCAAAAUGAAUGAGACCCUUGAUGAAACAUUUCAUGAUACAUCGAUGGCUUUCUUAUUGUCAAAGCACAGGAUGAUCUUCAAGAAUGGGGCUCUAAAGAAAUGCAUUUCUGUUGUGUUAUUUGCGGUGCAGAUGAUGUUCUGUGUAACAACAUAAUGGUUAUUCACCUCUUAUUUUGAUUUUUUUGCUGUGUUAUCAAAGAACUUGAAUACUGUGAGAAGAAGUGAAUUUUAAGUUGAUGAAUCAGCAUCUUGUUCCCAUGGUGAUAACACUAAUUGAAUAUAUCUAUGAGGGCAUGUAUUAGUUAAAAAUUAAAAAAAAAAAUACAACACUAACAAUACAUAGCUGCAAUGUGUACAAUGGCUGAUUUAACUAAAUAAAAAUGUACAAGUGUUAAAUGUA